AUGUUUAAGUCGGCAGUGUUGAAGUCCCAAACUGAGCAAGUCAGGAAACAACUGGAGUGUGUUGUGGGGUUGGACAGGUUAGAUUAUGACUUAUGGGGUGAUCACGUGGUCCAUUUCAUUGAUAAACAGGAGAAGGACAGACAAACUGAAAAACAAGAGAUGGUCUCGCUGGAGGCACAGUUAAAUAAAGCUAAGCUUAAGGAUCUACGAGAUAAGGUGAAUCAGAUAAAAGAAAAGAGUGUAGUUCAGAUGCCUCAAAUAAUGGAAAUGCCCAAAACAGGAAAGCAACAAGAAGUGUUGGUGCAGGGAGAAUGGGGGCCAAAUAAUAAUCAGGUUCAAUAUUAUCAAAACCACCAAUACUCACCAAGAGGGAGGGGCACAAGAUUGGGUCGUAAAGAGAGGGGGUACAAAAAGGGUUACAAAUCGGACGCGUGCUUCCUGUGUGGUUUAAUGGGUCACUGGGCUAAAGAAUGCCCGAUAAGGUUUGGGGUACCCAUGCAGCAGGGACCUGGUCCAGCAUUUCCACCUCAACAUUACCUGUCACCACCAUUUCCACAA